AUGCGCGGUGAGGUUCGGGCUGCAGGUGUGAUCCCUUAUACAGUUAGCAACGGGGUCACUUACUUCCUUAUGGUUAAAACAAACAGUAAAGGGUUUGGGGAUUUUGGCGGAAAGAUAGAGCAUAAUGAACUUCCUCACGAGAUUGCUGCGCGAGAAGCCGAAGAGGAGUCCAAUGGAAUUUUUCGUAUGAGUGAUGUUCUGGCCAAGAUUGGGACAAACUAUAUCUAUAUUCCAGCGGCUAAGUAUGCCCUUUUCUUCUACCCUCUUUCCGAACUACCGGACCCACUGUCGUUUGGAACACGAGAGCUACAUACGGGCUACCCUCUAGAGGUUGUUUGCUGUAAUAGUGCAAACGGUUUUAAUUUACAGCUGCACCCUCGGUUGGUCACUGCACGAAAAUUAAUACUGCAAGAGCUCAGGAAACGGGCUAGAUGUGAGAGGAUGUGGUAA